AUCUUUUACCUACGGAGACAGAGACGAACAUGACAACAGGUGUGUGUCGGAGGGGACGCUGAACAUAAAUUGAACGACAAGCAUACCGAUGAUGGGAAUGGCGAUGACGAUAGCAUAGCAACGCAAACGAAACGAAGAUUAGGCUGUCUAAAAUUAAACAAAUACUCACGAAAGUGCGAUUAGAAAAUAAAGUCAUGCAAUGUCCUAACAAGAAUUUUAGCGUCUAAUAUAGAUAUUAGAAAUCAUAGAAAAAAAUACAUGUUAAGUAUCACAAAAGGUGGCGCCACCAAUAUAACAGCAAAGUAAGUUUCUUGUUGGAAAUAUAGGAACUUCAAAUAUUUACAGGUUUAACCUCUGGGAUCUUAGGCAUCAUGAUGAAUUAAAUGAGAGCUGACUCGUCCUAACUUGACACAUUAUGUGAUGGCGAGAAGUACAACUUUCUGGAACAGCACUGUAAGACAACAGUAACCGGAAAUUUAAUUUAUAGUAUUAAAGACUGAGGUUACUCAUUGAGGCACCAGUAGCCAUGGUUAAUCUGAAAUGAUGGAGGAUGAUGACAAGCCAUUUGCAUGCACUGUGCCUUCAUGCAAUCAGAGGUUUACAAAUGAGGAUCAUCUUACUGUUCACAAACAGAAGCAUCAGAUGACUCUUGCUAUUGGGGCAAGGACGACCAAUGUUGGUAUGUUUAUUGCUGAUCAAACUCCUACACCUACACGGUUUCUACGAAAUUGUGAAGAAGUAGGGCUAUUUCAAGAUCUGCAUAGCGUUAACCCCUUUGAGGAGAGCUUUAAGAAAGCUGCUGCUGCAGUUAGUGCUGGUAACCCUGUGCCACAUCAUGAGGCUGACCAGUCUGAUGUGUUGCACACACCAUGCAUAAUAACAGUCGACAAACCACCAAUCUGUAGGCGGCCAGUCAGUGAUUCACCUGAUGUUAUUGUCUUUGCUUCGAUUCCGGAGACCCCGCAGCCAUCAUCAGCGACACGCGCUACUGAAGAGAGUGAAGUCGUUGUUGAACAAACAGCAACAGCCGGAGAGCAGGUCACAACUCUUACAGAGACAGUUUGUCAGCAGGAGCAACUGGCCUUUACAACUGUACAACUACAAACAUCCAUUCCUACAAGCUCCAUUCCAAAGGCUUCUUACUCGGCUCCAGUUGUGGUGCCACACGUGGUUAUUUCCUCACAGCAAUCGAGAAGAGAUGCACUGGAUUCCAGUCAAACUGCUGGCCAUAUAGUAUGUACAGCUGCUCAGGUUUUGAAUACAGCACCUGUUGUCGUCACAGCUCCAUCUCAGAUUCUCUCUCAACAGGGUGUUAAUGCAUCCAACCAAGUUGUCCUGGCUCCGCAUGCUGUGCAAUUACUUCUCAAGCUUUCCGAUGGCAAGACUGUGCCUGUGCAGGUUCCACAAUCAGGAGCAGCAAUAUUGCCUGUCGUUGCUCCAGCAAACAGUACUUCUCGUCCUGGCAUCGUCACUACGUCUGUGCGGUCUGCUGCGCCACCUAAUGUGUCCCUAGCAAAAUUGAAACUUAAAGCAGUUCUGACACAGAACCAGAUCCAGAGCAACUCGGGUCAGAGACUUGUUCCUGGAGUGAAGGUGAUAUCAUCAGCUCCGGCCUUAUCGCUGAAUGGUACAGUGUGUAUGACACAGCCAAUAAGCACUUGUACAGCCACAUCCUCUUCUCCUGAGGUGAUGGUCACAUCACUCACAACAAGGAGGCGCCGAUCGAGUGAAACUGACGAUCCAGAUGAGAAACGGAGACGGUUUCUGGAGCGAAACCGCGCUGCAGCCACACGAUGUCGCACAAAGCGGAAAAUGUGGAUCACUGCACUUGAGACAAAGUCCGAUGGUCUCCUCAAUGUCAACACACACCUACAGAAUGAGGUUCACAUGCUACGCCAAGAAAUCGUGCAAUUGAAGACCAUGUUACUUGCACAUAAAGACUGUCCAGUUACCUUGCAGCAAGCUCGUGCCAGACUACAGCAGACGACACAGGGAAAUAAGUCUGAUAGUGAUGAAUUAGCAUCCGGAGAUACAGUGCCAGUACAAGGCAGCAUAUCCGUUUCGGUGCCUGCUGGUCAGAACAAUGCAGUGCUGGAAGAGAAAAAUGAUGCACCUACUGUGGAGGCAAAUCUUCACACGCUCGCUGCAACAAUGAUAGAGCAAGCAGAUGCAGUAGGCAACAGUGUUGUGACUGUCUACAGCAAAAUCACCACAUCCACCAUGAACAGCACAGACAGUAGCAGUCGUGACUCACAGUAGUUCAGGGCAUGCUGGCGAGACUGGUGUGGAUGUUGAUCGCGUAAUGUGCGUAAAGGUGCAGCAAUGUGACCUCUCGUGGCAUACAGACAUUUGCUGGCUCAUUGAACCGACAGGUUUGCAGAUUGGGUACAUAUGCAGGGUGUCAAAUUUAACGUUUUUUCUUCUUCUUGCCAUUUACUCCUAUUUUCCCACACUCCAAUCUGGCAUUAGUUUGGACGUUAAUUGUUCUUAGCCUUUACAAUGUAUAGUUUCGAACCGUUGCCUAUGUUACUGAGCAUGUUUCUAACAAAGUGGUUCUGUGUUUUCAGAUUUUACGUGGUAUAGAUGUGAAGAAAUUGUAUAGAACACUGGUACUUUACGUCAUAUUCCUACAUAGCUUACCUGUACCUCCAGUCCCCAAUCUUUUAAGGUCCAUGACCUAAUUAGAAACCAAUACAAAACUUAACCAGCAACCAUAAAAUAAUCAUCAAGGGGCUACACCACUGUAGGUUUUCAGCAUUCAAUACAGGCAUACCUAAAAUCACCACAAACGUUUGGGAGAAUCGUAUAAUUAUAAUUUUACGGUGACAGUUUUUCAUUCCUUAUCUCUGAUAUUGGAAACACACUGUCCUGGUAAUGCUGCAGUAUAAUAUUUUAAGAUUUCUCUCAAAUCUGGUAAUGCAUUGAUACCAUGGUGUUUACUGCAAUGGUCAUGGGAAGCGCAUCCGUUGUGAAAAAAACCUUUCUGAUAUUUUGAAGGAAAACUCCAUUUUAUUUCCUAGUUUUAGAUUUACAUCUUCCCACUUAAUAGUGUACGGAUGCCCUGCAUAUACGCGUUCACAUUACAAUAUGGAUUAUGUAAAAUAUUCUUCAUGGUCAUGGAUUAUGUAAUUAAAUGUUCUGUGCUGUAAGUUAUUUCUGUAUGAUAAUCUUGAAUCAACUUGCUUAUUGUUGGUAUAUGUAAAUAUCUUGUGGAAUUCUUUGUGUUCUAUUUGUGGGCAUACAAAGUUUCAGGUGGGCAGGGUAUAUCAUCUGUCUGGUGUCAACUAAUGCAUUCUUAGCAAAUAUGUGUUACUAGCAUUGGCAUGUGCUUGUCGGUAGCACUAAUUUUAGUAUUCACUCACAUAUGUACUGUACAUGAUACAAAAAUCCAUUUAAAAGUC